AUGGGUUCUGUUCUGCUCUUCGCCCUCGGGCUGCUCGCCCAGAGUCUUGGCUUGUCUUGGGCAGUCCCUGAGCCAGAGCCCAGCACCCUGUACCUCUGGCGCCAGGCACCAGCCCCGGGCCGUGUGCGGAGAGCCUGGGUCAUUCCACCCAUCAGUGUUUCUGAGAACCACAAACGCCUCCCCUACCCGCUGGUACAGAUCAAGUCUGAUAAGCAACAGCUUGGCAGUGUCAUCUACAGCAUCCAGGGGCCCGGUGUGGAUGAGGAGCCCCGAAAUGUCUUCUCCAUUGACAAGUUCACUGGGAGGGUGUACCUCAAUGCCACACUGGACCGUGAGAAGACGGACCGAUUCAGGCUUAGGGCCUUUGCCCUGGACUUGGGUGGCUCUACCCUAGAGGAGCCCACAGACCUGGAGAUCGUUGUGGUGGAUCAAAACGACAACCGGCCAGUCUUCCUACAGGAUGUUUUCCGAGGCCACAUCCUGGAGGGUGCCAUCCCAGGCACCUUUGUAACCAGGGCUGAGGCCACAGAUGCUGAUGAUCCAGAGACAGACAAUGCAGCACUCAGGUUCUCCAUCCUGGAGCAGGGCAGCCCAGAGUUCUUCAGCAUUGAUGAGCAUACUGGAGAGAUCCGCACAGUGCAAGUGGGGCUGGACCGUGAGGUGGUUGCUGUGUAUAACCUGACCCUGCAGGUGGCAGACAUGUCGGGAGAUGGUCUCACUGCCACAGCCUCUGCCAUCAUCUCCAUAGACGACAUCAAUGACAAUGCCCCUGAGUUCACCAAGGACGAGUUCUUCAUGGAAGCUGCAGAGGCUGUCAGUGGAGUGGACGUGGGACGGCUCGAGGUGGAGGACAGAGACCUGCCUGGUUCCCCUAACUGGGUGGCCAGGUUCACCAUCCUGGAAGGUGAUCCUGAUGGGCAGUUCAAGAUCUACACAGACCCCAAGACAAAUGAAGGUGUGCUGGCUGUGGUCAAGCCCCUGGACUAUGAAAGCUGUGAGCAAUAUGAGCUCAGAGUGUCUGUGCAGAAUGAGGCCCCACUGCAGGCAGCUGCCCCCCGGGCCCGGCGGGGCCAGACCAGGGUCAGUGUGUGGGUUCAGGACACCAAUGAGGCUCCAGUGUUUCCAGAGAACCCACUGAGGACAAGCAUAGCCGAAGGAGCUCCCCCGGGCACCUCUGUGGCCACCUUCUCUGCCAGAGACCCUGAUACUCAACAGCUGCAGAGAAUCAGCUACUCCAAGGACUAUGACCCAGAAGACUGGCUGCAAGUGGACGGGGCCACAGGCAGGAUUCAGACCCAGCGAGUGCUGAGCCCCGCUUCACCCUUUUUGAAGGAUGGCUGGUACAGGGCCAUCAUCCUGGCCCUAGACAAUGCCAUGCCACCCAGCACAGCCACAGGUACCCUGUCCAUUGAGAUCUUAGAAGUCAAUGACCAUGCCCCUGCACUGGCCUCUCCUCCAUCUGGCAGCCUGUGCAGUGAACCAGACCAGGGCCCUGGCCUCCUCUUGGGUGCCACAGAUGAGGACCUGCCUCCGCACGGGGCUCCCUUCCACUUCCAGCUGAACCCCAGGGUCCCAGAUCUUGGCCGGAACUGGAGCCUCAGCCAGAUUAACGUGAGCCAUGCACGUCUGCGGCUCCGACACCAGGUCUCCGAGGGCCUGCAUCACCUGAGCCUGCUGCUCCAGGACUCUGGGGAGCCACCCCAGCAGCGAGAGCAAACAUUGAACGUUACUGUGUGUCGCUGUGGGACUGAUGGCACUUGCCUGCCUGGGGCUGCUGCACUGCGAGCAGGAGGUAUGGGUGUCAGCCUGGGCGCACUGGUCAUUGUGCUCGCUAGCACCGUGGUCCUGCUCGUUCUUAUCCUGCUUGCUGCACUCCGUACACGGUUCCGGCGGCAGCCACGGGACAAGAGUCUGUUGUAUGGGCUACAGGAUGACCUUCGGGACAACAUCCUUAACUACGAUGAGCAAGGCGGUGGGGAGGAGGACCAGGAUGCUUAUGACAUAAGCCAGCUGCGCCACCCAGUGGAACCAAGGGCCACCAGCCGCUCUCUGGGCAGGCCACCCCUGCGCAGGGAUGCCCCCUUCAGCUACGGGCCACAGCCACAUCGAGCGCUUCCCACCAGCCCAUCUGACAUUGCUAACUUCAUCAGUGAUGGCUUGGAGACUGCGGACAGUGACCCCAGCGUGCCUCCCUAUGACACAGCUCUCAUCUAUGACUACGAGGGAGAUGGCUCUGUAGCAGGGACACUGAGCUCCAUCCUGUCCAGCCUGGGAGAUGAGGACCAGGACUAUGACUACCUCCGGGACUGGGGCCCCCGCUUUGCCCGGCUGGCAGACAUGUAUGGGCAUCAGUGA